AUGUCAUCCCCACCCACUUAUUAUCCGCAAGCCAUGUAUACUUCCACCACUGAUUCGGCUACUGCUGCUGCUGUUGCUGCUGCUGCUGCUGGAUUACCUACACCUUCGCUACCUCCCCUGUCACAAUUACUACCACCUUCAUCAUCGGCCUCUACACAACAGCAAAACAACAUUCUCUCACAUGCUGCUGCUACCUCUUCAUCUUCGCUUUCUACACGUCCAAUGAAUGAACAAGUUUAUCAUCCAACAUCCAUCUCGUCAGCAACUCCCAAUAACAAUGCCAUGGUUUAUCGUCAAACAACCCCAUAUUAUGGUUAUGCAAGUGACCCCACUGCUGCUGCUGCCGCUGCUGCUGCAACAAUCCCACUACAACAUGCAACUACUACACCUGUUGUUCCUUCCAAUUUGAUGUCUACAGCUAUGUUUCCACCGGUUCAGCAUCAUCAUCAUCCUCAUCAUCAGCCACCUACAACUGCUGCUGCUCAUCCACAUCAUCAUCAACAACUCCCUUCACCUCCACCUUCGUGUACAGAGUCUCUUUCACCUGCAGCUGUAAUGGCUGCUGACGAUCACUCUCAUCCUCAUCAUCCUCAUCAUCCACACCACCAACAAGCAGCAGCAGCAGCUGCAGCUGCAGCUGCUGCCUCAGCCUCUCAAAAAGUAUUUUCAUUUGUGCCCAUCCCUGGUGUCAAUCAUAAAAAGCGACCUAGACGUAAAUACCAUGAAGUGGAACGUCUUUAUCAUUGCAACUUUCCAGGAUGCACAAAGGCCUAUGGUACACUCAAUCAUCUUAAUGCACAUGUUUCGAUGCAGAAUCACGGACCGAAACGAUUGCCUGCAGAGUUUAAAGAGUUGCGAAAGCAAUGGCGUAAACAAAAACGUGAGCGUGAAGCAUUGAGACAACAACAUCAACAACAUCAACAACAAUCUGCUGCAGCAGCUGCAGCAGCUGCAGUUGCCUACGCACCGACACAAGCUCCACCACCACCUCCACCACCCCAUCAAGCAACCGUGCCUAGUCAACCAACAUCCUUUUUAUCGCACACUGAACCUACAGCAGCUGCAGUUCCUUCGUAUUUGCCAUCAUGGCAACCCCAGCACCAUGGAUACUCUUCCGAUUAUGCUCCACUUUCAAUCCCUGGUGCCCAUCCUUUCUAA